AUACCUCCACCUCAAACAGAGCAACAUGAAAUUUAGAGAGACUUUAACAUACUACUUCAUCUAAAUGCUCCACUUACUGUGGCCGCGUGAUUUGUUGGUACAAAAAGUAAAAACAACAAAAGAGGUCAGAAUCGUCAGACCAAGGAAUCAAAACCACUUUCUCUGCUUCAAAAGUCUCCCUCAUAAUCAAACCAAUUCUCUUUCAUCCAUUCAUUUUAAGUCUCUCAGCAAGCAACAAGUUGAACUUGUCCAACACGCCCAUCCUAAUUCAGAUGGAAAAUUCGUUGGGUCUUCUCAGAAUUCACGUCCACAGAGGCGUAAACCUUGCUGUCAGAGAUUCAACAAGCAGCGAUCCUUACCUUGUGGUCCGAAUGGGCAAACAGGAAUUGAAGACUCCUGUAGUGAAAAAAGAUGUCAAUCCUGAGUGGAAUGAAGAUUUGACUCUCUCUGUUGCAGAUCCUAAUAUUCCAAUUACGCUUUCGAUUUAUGACAAGGACACAUUCACCUUUGAUGACAAAAUGGGAGAUGCAGAGUUGGACAUCAGACCAUUCCUUGAAGCACUAAAGAUGCAGUUGGGAAAUGUCGCUAAUGGAACCAUCGUCACAAGAGUAACACCGAGCCGGGAGAAUUGCUUGGCAGAAGAGAGCUGCAUUGUCUGGACGGACGGCAAGGUUGUCCAGAAUAUGUUCGUUAGACUGCAAAAUGUCGAAAGUGGCGAGAUUGAACUCCAGUUGCAGUGGAUAGAUGUUCCUGGUUCCAGUUGUUUGUAGAUCUAAUAUCAACUGGUCUUUGUUUAUUGGUAAGCAUGGUAUGGUAUGUAGAUCUAAUAUCAACUGGUCUUUGUUUAUUGGUAAGCAUGGUAUGGUAUGCAGACAGGUUUGGUGUGUU